GACGGAGAAAGUGGGAUCCGCCGGUGUCAUGGCUGACAUGUUGGAGAGGAAGUGAUUCCCAUCUGCACAAGAAAAGGGUGCAUUUAAUACCGAUAAACCGUCUGGGGAUUGUUCUCGAAAGACACAGAAAAGGGUUAGGGGAACGGUCCGCCGCUUUCGUAUCCAAGGACGGUUCCAGUCGCAGGAUCGAGUUGUAAUUCUUGUCAAUUUCAACCCAGAAGAGAGGAAGAUGGCGGACCCGGCGGAGUGCACAAUAAAAGUGAUGUGUCGUUUCAGGCCCUUGAAUUCAGCCGAAGUGGCAAGAGGAGACAAAUACAUCGCCAAAUUUCAGGGGGACGACAGCGUGGUGAUAGGGGGUAAACCAUAUGCAUUUGACAGAGUGUUCCAGUCAAAUACUUCACAAGAACAGGUGUACAAUUUAUGUGCACAGAAGAUUGUCAAAGAUGUGCUGGAGGGGUACAACGGUACAAUAUUUGCUUAUGGACAGACGUCUUCUGGUAAAACACAUACCAUGGAGGGGCUCCUCCAUGAUUCAGACGGAAUGGGUAUUAUACCAAGAAUAGUACAAGACAUUUUUAAUUAUAUUUAUUCCAUGGAUGAAAACUUGGAGUUUCAUAUUAAGGUUUCAUAUUUUGAAAUUUAUAUGGACAAGAUUAGGGACCUUUUGGAUGUUUCAAAGACUAACUUGGCUGUCCAUGAAGACAAGAACAGAGUUCCGUAUGUCAAGGGAUGCACUGAACGGUUUGUCUGUAGCCCAGAUGAGGUUAUGGAUACCAUUGAUGAAGGAAAAUCCAACAGGCAUGUAGCAGUAACAAAUAUGAAUGAGCACAGCUCCAGAAGUCACAGUAUCUUCCUUAUUAACGUGAAACAAGAAAACACUCAGACGGAGCAGAAGCUAAGUGGAAAACUGUACCUGGUUGACUUGGCAGGUAGUGAAAAGGUCAGUAAAACUGGAGCAGAAGGAGCAGUGCUGGACGAAGCAAAAAACAUCAACAAGUCUUUGUCGUCGCUUGGAAAUGUCAUCUCUGCCCUCGCGGAAGGCACUACAUAUAUUCCCUACAGAGACAGUAAAAUGACAAGAAUUCUUCAGGAUUCUCUUGGGGGUAACUGCAGAACCACCAUUGUAAUCUGCUGCUCACCAUCUUCAUACAACGAACCUGAAACCAAGUCUACACUCAUGUUUGGUCAAAGAGCUAAGACCAUUAAGAACACGGUAUGUGUUAACGUGGAGCUCACAGCAGAGCAGUGGAAGAAGAAAUAUGAAAGAGAAAAGGAAAAGAACAAGACGUUGCGCAACACCAUAACGUGGCUUGAGAAUGAACUCAACAGGUGGCGCAAUGGUGAAAGCGUGCCUGUGGAUGAGCAGUUUGAUAAGGAGAAAGCCAAUGCUGAAGUUCUUGCCCUGGAUAAUGUCACCAACAACGACAAACCUGCUCCCACUCCAGGGGUCCCAGGAGUGAAGCUCUCUGAUGCAGAGAGAGAGAAGUGCGACGCAGAGAUAGCAAAACUCUACAAGCAACUUGACGACAAGGAUGAUGAAAUCAACCAACAGAGCCAGUUGGUAGAGAAGCUGAAACAGCAGAUGCUGGACCAGGAAGAGCUUCUGGGCACUUCAAGGCGUGACCAUGACAACAUGCAGGCAGAGCUGAACCGGCUGCAGGCUGAGAACGAGGCCUCCAAAGAGGAGGUGAAGGAGGUGCUGCAGGCCCUGGAGGAGCUGGCUGUCAACUACGACCAGAAAUCCCAGGAGGUGGAGGACAAGACCAAGGAGUUUGAGAUGCUGAGUGACGAGCUCAACCACAAAUCGACUGUCCUGGCCUCCAUCGACUCUGAGCUUCAGAAAUUGAAGAUGACGACUAAUCACCAAAAGAAGAGAGUCACAGAAAUGAUGUCAUCUCUGCUCAAAGACCUGGCAGAAAUAGGAAUUGCAGUUGGAAGCAAUGAUAUCAAGCAACAUGAAGGUAGUGGCCUGAUCGAUGAGGAGUUCACUGUGGCUCGUCUGUAUAUCAGUAAAAUGAAAUCGGAAGUGAAAACGAUGGUGAAACGCUGCAAGCAGCUGGAGAGCACCCAGGCUGAGAGCAACAAGAAAAUCGAUGAAAACGAAGGCGAGCUGGCAGCCUGUCAACUGCGUAUCUCUCAACAUGAGGCUAAGAUCAAGUCCUUGUCGGAGUACCUCCAGAAUACAGAACAGAAGAAGAGACAGCUGGAAGAAACUGUGGACUCUCUCAAUGAAGAGCUGGUGAAGAUCAAUGCACAGGAGAAAGUCCACGCAAUGGAGAAAGAGAGUGAGAUUCAGACUGCCAAUGAAGUCAAGGAAGCUGUAGAGAAGCAGAUUCAUAGCCAUCGCGAGGCUCACCAGAAACAGAUCAGCAACCUUCGAGAUGAGCUGGACAAGAAGGAGAAGCUCAUCACGGAGUUCCAGGACCUGAACCAGAAGAUCAUGCUGGAGCAGGAGCGCCUCCGCGUUGAACACGAGAAGCUCAAGACCACUGACCAGGAGAAGAGCCGCAAGCUGCAUGAACUCACGAUUAUGCAGGACAGGAGAGAACAGGCAAGACAGGAUCUUAAGGGCCUUGAAGAGACUGUUGCAAAGGAACUUCAGACUCUUCACAAUCUUCGGAAGUUGUUUGUUCAAGAUUUGGCUACCAGAGUCAAGAAGAGUGCUGAGAUGGACUCUGAUGACACUGGGGGCAGUGCUGCACAGAAACAGAAAAUAUCCUUUCUUGAGAACAACCUUGAACAGCUCACAAAAGUCCACAAACAGCUGGUACGUGACAAUGCAGAUCUGCGUUGUGAGCUUCCUAAACUGGAGAAACGUCUUCGGGCUACAGCUGAGAGAGUCAAGGCCUUGGAGUCUGCUUUAAAGGAAGCGAAAGAGAAUGCUGCCCGGGAUCGCAAACGCUAUCAGCUGGAAGUGGAUCGCAUCAAGGAGGCAGUGCGGGCGAAGAACAUGGCCAGGAGAGGGCAUUCCGCUCAGAUAGCCAAACCUAUCCGACCUGGCCAGCCUCCAGUUGCUUCUCCAACACACCCCAACAUAAGCCGCCCAGGCAGUGGAUUUUAUCAGAACAGCCAGACAGUUACAAUCCGUGGAGGUGGCGGAGCGAAACAGGACAAGAGCAGCUGAAGAACCAGCAUAAUCAAAGAGGAAGAUUCAGAUCUCAUCCAAACAACCCGUCAUUCCAUUGCAGUGAACUCUCCCAAUGAGGGCUCACAGGAUUAGCUCUGAAUUGAUCAAAUCAUAAUAUACCUGGCUUGUACAGUUCUACCCAAUGCUCGCUCUUUGUUUGUUUUUCUCUUCUCAUAAACAGAAAUUGAUUUCCUUACAAAACAUAAAACACAAAAUUGAGCGUGCAAUCCAAGCAUCUUGCAAGUUAACUACAUGGGAGUUACUUGUGUAGCUCUGUUUUGUUGCACAGUUUGUUGUCAUCCAUGUCUUAAAUUUAGUCUGCACUGUGCCAAUUUGAAUGUAUGUUACAGGUUUUCAAAAAAGAAAAAAAAAAAGGGUGGUGGUGGGGGGGGGGGGGGUUCCUUGCAGAAAACAUCCUAGCCUAAUGUCUGUACAUUUCAUUGUUUUAGGGGUUGUAAAACAAUAUCUCCAACUAGAUUUGAUAAGACUGUUUUAAGAUUUGAAUCAAAUAGAUAAAACACUACUGUCCCACUGUUGAGAUAGCACUAUGUUUUCUUGAAGUGGUUAUUUGGAGUCUGGACUAUAAACUAUAAUAAAUGCAGUCUAGGUGCACUCAAGACUGGAGCCUGUGGAAGCCAAGACCUUGGAAUAUAUAUAUUUUUUUUCCAGUUGAACAGAAGAUGAGAUUGAAGAACCAAGAAAGCUGCUUAGCGAUCAUACCUUCAUUGCCAGGUUGUCUGAAUGAAUCAAGUACUGUAUAAUAACAAGAAUGGUUAAAUGCAUUGUUACUGAAAUACCAUAUCAAGAAAACAAAAAGCCUUCAGUAGGCUGAAAUGAAACACUUGCUUGUCCUGUCCAUGGCAUUUUCCACAUGUUGGCUUUGUGUGCUUUUAAAAGCUUCUGUUUUCAUUGAGUGGUUUUACCAAUAAACGUUCAUUAGGACCAUAGGUAGAGUUUAAAUUUCAACUUUUUUUUUUAAUGGAGUGGAGAAAAAUAAACAUUUUUAGCCUGCAAGUAGGGCAUCAUGAAAUGUUUGGAAUGUUGCAUAUAUAAAAUUUUCUCUUGGCGGGGGGGGGUAUUGUGGGGGUACUCUUAUCUAACUUUUUACAUAUGGCUUUAAGACCAGUUUCUAUCAUGUGUAUUACUUUUUGUUGUGCAUGUGUCUUCUGUGCCUAGCUGUGGUUGUUUUGUAUUCUAAAUGAUUAUUUGGAGGCUGAGCUUGGAAAAUAAAGCAGCGUUUUAAAUGGGUGUGUACACACUCCUGUGAAGAAACAUGUCUUCAGCCUCCGUUCAGAUCCCGUUUGAUUGGAUACAUUGUUUCUGAUGCUGAUCAGCCAGUCUGUUUAUCAGAAGCCCUGAGGGAAGGCUGCAUGCACGACACGCUGAUCCUUUUAGUGUCUUGUUUCCAUGCACUUCUAUACAAUGAGAUUUAAGGUUUUAGGUUAUUUUUGUUUUGUUCUACUUCAAAUUGUUUUAUAGUGUGUUUUUAAAAAAAAUCUGUUAAAUAAUAUCUAACCUUGGAUUUUUCGUGUUUUAAUUUAGAAACAUAAAAACCCAUGUGUAAAUGCCAGUGUUAGCCUAGUGCAACUGAAGCCUCCAGUCUACUUAGAAGUGCAAUAUUGAAUAGCCUUGGUAAAAAUUAGCUGACGUGGGAAGAGGGUGGGCCAUUCUGGAUAAGUAAGGGCAUGACUCCCCCUGCCCAACCCAUCAUCACAUUUGAUCAUUUCUCUGUAGCCACAGCAAGUCAGAGUCACAUAUUCUCCUUGACACAGGAUAACAACCAACCUAAAUGUACAGCACUUUAACCAAACGAAGCUGCACUUACAAUUGGCCUAAAACAGGCAUGUUAAUCUUGAUUCUGAAUAAAAUAAGAAAUGUUCUGGAAUAUCUAUGAAAUCCAAUAUUUUCUAUACUUUUUAUAUUGGAGUUUCCAAUAUAGGUGGCACAAAGUGUAAAUGUAAGCAGUGUUUACAUGGUGUGCCUUGAAAUUGAACUUUGAACUAGUUUGGAGAAGUUGCUCUCAGCUAUGGCAAGUUACCGUACCUGGACAGGACAAUGCUCUUGUGUACACAGGGUUCUCAUGUAAACCUGUAAAACAGUAAAUGAAUUGCAGUGUAUGUUUCAAGUGCUUACUGUAAGCUUGUUUAUUCUAGAAAUUGAACAUAAUUCAAUAAAAAGCCUAAUAUUUA